AUGGAAGUCGACACUAAUACGACAGCUGAUGAUUCGAAUGAUGGAAACAAGAUUCACACUUCCUCACCAAUUAUUCCUAAAGUGCCUUUGUUUGAAACUUGCACAAAAGAUGAAUUAAACUUCAUUGAUGCCAGAUACAGAGAAGAUGAUGAUUCAUGUCUUGUUGCCUUUAUCCCGAAAAAGUAUCCUAAUCAAACUAUUGGGCUGGAGGACAAGGUCAUCAUAUCUAAAUUUCUAAACAAUACUUUCAACGAAUUUAACACAAUGAAAGAAAAAAAAGCUGAACAAAUAGCACGAGCGGAAGCCAGUAAGAUCAACAACAGCAACAGCAACAAUAGGAAAAGCAACAACAAAAACAAUAAGUCUGGAGGAGAAGAAAACAAUAUUGAAGGUGAAGAAUCAUUUGAUGAUGAAUUGUCAAUAAGAAGACUGCCUGCGAUUUAUAAUGGAAUCGCAUAUUUACAUGCCGAUAAUGUUUACACAGCAUUGUGGGUUAGGAACUUUAUACUCAAAGAAAAUUGGAUAAAGCAUAUCAACAAAUCAAUCAUCUGCAGGCCACUCAAGAAUGUCCUGUUGCCUCCAGCAUUCAAUGUUACUAUCUUCAACACUGAAGACGACUUUUAA